ACUUCAGAGACAGCCCAUCUCACAAUACAGCUGGCAACUGCAGGAAAGGCUCCAUUCAGCAAGAGCUAACUUGCUUAGGAAUUUAUCUGGGAAGCUUUAAAAGACUCUGCUUACUGACAUCUGGAAUCAACUGUAGAAAUACCAAAAAGGAAGGGGGGGGGGGAAGAAGAAGAAAGACUCGUUUAAAGAAAAGAGUAAAGAAGAAGUAAAAGAGGAAGGCGGACUGGGAACGUUUAAGUCUCUGAAACUGCAUUGAAAGACAAAUUCUAUGGGUCGGCUUCCUUGAUUGAAUUUUCUGUCAGUUUACUAAAUCCUGGACUCAUGGAUUUUUCUGGAGACUAGAAAAUGAGAAUAUUUUCCUGCUGAACCUACUGGAAAUUUUUAAGGAACAAUUUUCAUGUUUCCUUGGGAGACUUCAGAGAAGAUAUUUAUAAGAUCACCAAAAGAACCAAAUAAUUUGCAAAUAAAUUGGUUGUGGAGGUAACCACAAUUUGACUACCAAAGGAGACUGCUGCAGACAAAAGGAUUCCUGGGUGGACUGCCUUGAUAAUGGUAAGCACCAACAGCUCCCAGUGCCCUUACGAUGACUCCUUUAAGUACACUUUGUAUGGGUGCAUGUUCAGCAUGGUGUUUGUGCUGGGGUUGAUAUCCAACUGUGUUGCUAUAUACAUUUUCAUCUGUGCCCUCAAAGUGCGAAAUGAAACUACAACUUAUAUGAUUAACCUGGCAAUGUCAGAUUUGCUUUUCGUUUUCACAUUACCGUUCCGGAUUUUUUACUUUGCAACUCGGAAUUGGCCUUUUGGAGAUUUAUUAUGUAAGAUUUCGGUAAUGCUGUUUUAUACCAACAUGUACGGAAGCAUUCUCUUCUUAACGUGUAUUAGCGUAGAUAGAUUUCUGGCUAUCGUCUACCCAUUUAAGUCAAAGACUCUACGAACUAAGCGAAAUGCAAAGAUUGUUUGCAUUGCCGUGUGGUUCACUGUGAUGGGAGGAAGUGCACCGGCUGUUUUUUUUCAGUCUACCCACUCGCAGGGUAACAACAGUACUUCAGAAGCCUGCUUUGAAAACUUUCCAGAAGCCACGUGGAAAACCUAUCUUUCAAGAAUUGUGAUUUUCAUCGAAAUAGUGGGCUUUUUCAUUCCUCUAAUUUUGAAUGUAACUUGUUCUAGUAUGGUGCUAAGAACUUUAAAUAAACCUGUUACAUUAAGUAGAAGCAAGAUGAACAAAACUAAGGUUUUAAAAAUGGUUUUUGUACAUUUGAUCAUAUUUUGUUUCUGCUUUGUGCCUUACAAUAUCAAUCUUAUUUUGUACUCUCUUAUGAGAACACAGACCUUCGUUAACUGCUCCGUGGUGGCAGCAGUGAGGACAAUGUACCCUAUCACUCUCUGCAUUGCUGUUUCCAACUGCUGCUUUGACCCCAUAGUUUACUACUUUACUUCAGACACAAUUCAGAAUUCAAUAAAGAUGAAAAACUGGUCUAUUAGAAGAAGUGAUUCCAGGUUUUCUGAAGUUCAGGGUACAGAGAAUUUUAUUCAACACAACCUGCAGACCUUAAAAAGCAAGAUAUUUGACAGUGAAUCUACAAUCUAAGCUGCCUGAAAGCAAGCCCUGGCUGGACUUCACUGGAACAGAACCCCCAGGUUCUUUCUACUGUGAAAAGUGCUCUAUUGGAAAAACUGCUCUCCACCUCCAAAAGGAAAUUAACAUACGAACAUUUAAGUGUUUUAAAGAAAAUUUGUGUUCAAUAUGCUAAGCAUUAAAAUUAUUCUAUUCUUAAAUACACUCCAUUUUAUUUUCUUGAACCACUUUAAUGUUUUCUUCAUUUAAAAAAACCCAAAAAUUUAUUCAAUCGAAAGCAACUAUGGUUUAAAUAAUAUGGUGAACAUUUUUACUUUUAAAAUUUCAUAUUAUAUG